AUGCGCUCCAUCACUUUGGCUUUCUUGCUACCUGUGGCCCUCGCGGCGCCCCGUGCGAGUCCCAACGAACAGGGCUGCGAGCUGACAGUUACCUCGAUCCCCGCAAUCACACAUACGUUUCUCGCCCCAAUGAAGACGUUCGUGGUCAACGCGGCCCAGAGUGAUGGGUGCCAGUUGCCUCCUCUUAUACCGUCUGCAGUCCAGUCCUCCCCUGCAGGCCCAGGCACCACCGGCCAACCCAGCACCAAGGGGCUCCCAGGCACCUGCCAGGGCGCGCAAUGCCAGUCAAUCAACAGCUUUACCGAUGGGGCCGUUGACAGUGUUGCGCAGACUUCUCCCUGCACAAACUGCAUUGACCACCCGGCCACUCGACCGACAGAUGCCCCCGGCCAGAAGAAUGUUCUUCCCUCUGCGCGCCUUCCUGGCGCAGGGGAUGACAGUCACCGCCAGGGUCCAAAGACUUACCCCACUAACAUCCACUCCGGUACUCCCAGCCCACAUUCUUCUUCCGGAGCUGUACAGCCGCCUCAGAGUCCCGGACAGGACGACAAAGAUGGAGACGCCUCUACGCGACCUACGCAGGGUAUCUCCAUCGAAACGGGCACGUCCAUCGGAAUCGAAAAGACGAGUCAGCCAACAGCAACAUCCGGCGUUGCCAAUGCCCUCACGACAAGACCCGCUAUGGAUUUAUCUGGACCUGGUUCCACUGCAAGCAACACUACGGUUUACCACAAUCCUGUUUCGCCCUCUGUCGAGACUUCAGUCUGGUUUACGUCUGCCACAAGCAAUAUGAGCCAGCCUGAGACUACCCGCGUCCACGUCUCCUCCGCCUCUCACGGAAUCGGAAAGCUCUGCAACGUACAUGUCCUGCUAUGCUCGGUCGCACUCAUCUUGGCCGGUACACUGGCUUAA